UCAUGCAUCGGGGUGGAGACCAGUUUCCGGUGUUUUGCUUGUGUUUUCGUAGCCGUUUCCGGUAUAUAUAAAUGUGAUAUAAACCCGAAUUUACUUUAGUUUUUUCACAACAUUUGUCCAAAAAAAUGGUUAAUAUGCACUGCAUUUUCAUCAUUAUUAUUAUUUUAUUUAUUUAAUUACGUUUGUAAACGCGACUAAAUGCAAUGCAACAAAACAUAGCAAGGUGAAUCUCGCGAUAUUUCAGUUUGCUGGCUGAACGGUGGUUGCACAACUUGUUUGGUAACACAAAUGUUGUAAAAGCUUUUUCGCUGCCACAUGUUCUGCCAAAGAACGCAGCAGACCGUCAUGCACCUGGAACAGGAGCACUGAAAAACAAAGCGUCUCUUCAAAGGUAGUUUUCGUUGCGUGGUAUUUGCAUUUUCAGAAAGUUUCCACCUCUGUCCUUGGAAAAGAAAUGCCUGAGGGACCAGAGUUGCACUUGGCCAGCCUGUAUGUGAACAGGAUGUGUGAUGGAGUGGUAUUUGCUGGUGCAGUCAGAAAGUCUGAAGUCAGCAAAAACCCGGAGGUGCCCUUCACCUGUGAGGCCUACCGCAUCACUGCCGCAUCAAGAGGAAAGGAAGUGAAGCUAACGCUGACGCCCAUCAAGAGUGACGGUCAAAGGGGAAAAGCAGUUCAGCCCGUGGACAUAGUCUUUCGUUUCGGAAUGUCAGGUUAUUUCCGUUUCACAAGCGAGGACGAAGUGCCCAAGCAUGCUCACCUGCAGUUCCACACCAAAGAAAAACCCUGCAGAGUGCUGAGCUUUGUGGAUGCACGCAGGUUUGGAAGUUGGCAGCCCAACGGGACUUGGCAGCCUGACAGAGGGCCCUGUAUCAUGUUUGAGUAUCAAAGUUUCAGGGAGAAUGUUUUGUCAAACUUGUCUGAUCGGGCUUUUGACCGGCCGAUUUGUGAAGUCCUGCUGAAUCAAAAGUACUUCAAUGGCAUCGGAAACUACCUCAGGGCUGAAAUCCUCUUCAGGUUAAACAUCCCACCCUUCGUUCCUGCCAGAGGAGUUCUGGAGAGCCUUGGUGCAGAGGAUUUGUUUAAAGAUGAGAAGCCUUUGAAAAAUGCAGCCACAAAGGGAGCUAAAAAGAAAGAAGUGAAGCAAGAUGCCGGCGACCUCCUCCGGCUUUGUCACACGGUUCCAUUAGAGGUGAUCAGUUUAGGUGGGAAAGGCUAUGAUCCUGAGAAAUCCGACUACUCUGCCUUUCAGGCGUGGCUGCAGUGUUAUUACGUUGAUGGAAUGAAAUCUAUUCGGGACCACAACGGCAGAACCAUGUGGUUCAAAGGAGAUCCUGGCCCCAUGGCACCCAAAAAUUCAAAAUCCCCCCAGGCUAAAAAGAGAAUAAAGAAAGAGGACGACCAUGAUUACACAACUAAGAAAAAGAAGGCCAGAAAUCAAUCUGAAAGUACAACAAAGAAAAAGGCGGUUAAAGAGGAAAGGGUGAUCAAAGAAAAUAAAGAACAAGCAAAGGAAGUUGUUGUCGCCAAAGGAAAGAGAGGAAAGACCCAGGAAGCAUCAACACCAAUGACCCGAACAAGAUCCAGUGCACGUCAGAUAAAGACCAACACAACAGAACCAGCAGGAGACCAAAAGAAACAAGCUGGAAAAGGAUCAAGAAAGAGCAGAAAAUAGGAAAACUAAAGGGAGCUUUUUAUAGUUUUAAAUAUUUUUUUAAUAAAUCAUUUUUUAACAAAAA